AUGGGGAUCAUUAACCUUCACCAAUACGGUGUUCCGGGAGUGAGCCCUACCCCCGACACGGUCUCCAAAUUGGCCCCUUUCUCAGCAUUGAUCAUAUCCAUCAUUCUCGUGAUCCUCUUCCUGAUACGCUUCUAUCUGCUAGAAGCGUUCCUAAUCCGUCGUCUCUAUGGCACGACCUACACGAAGCUCAGUCUGGAGAAUCAGCGUGGUUUCAUCAACCACCACAUCGCCGGGACCAUGAAGAUCCUCAUCCUCAUUGUCGCGGCAUAUCCCUUCAUCAGAGUCAUUGUCGGCAAAUCCACGUUCCACGCUCCGUUUGUCGAUGGGUCUCCGGUGACAAUGGGUGAUAUUUUGAUUGUGGCCGCCCAAAUGCUCAUUGGCAUGUACAUCUUUGAGCUUCUUUAUCGGAUCAAGUUGUCGCCUAUUGCCAUCUUGCACCAUGUCGGAACAAUCAUGAUCGGUCAGUCAGCUAUUGCGAUCGGGCUAGAUCGAGUGCAUGAACCCGACGCGGGCAUAGAAUUCAUGCUUUGUCUUAUUUGGGGUGUCUUCGAUAUCAUCUCCGAAUUCUUUCCACAUGUCGCCAUCAUCCUCUAUCGAGUAUACACUCACCGGCAUCGCUUCCUCAGUCGCGUCUUUCUAUAUUCCUGUCUGACCACCGCUUUUGGUACCUUCUGCGAGACCGUCGUGACGAUGUUUUUGUUCGGCUGUCUCUGGGAUCGCUGGCAGAUUGCCUUCAAAGUAGCCACGCCGUUACUUCAUACCGCUUUUUCGGCCGCUCAGAUCCACGGCAGCGUUGUCUUCUGGCGGAUGUAUAAGCGACAACAAGCCUUCCUCAACGAAGAAGUCGGUCAGCAGCUCGUGGAGGAUAUACACACUGGAGGAGAAGAUUCGGAAAACAAAAGCGGUCCGUUAGUUGUCCGUGAACUUGUUAGACCUAAUGUAUGA